UUGCCGACUGGACUACAUGUAGCCUUGAAUACGACGUAAUGGCAAACGACGGCAGAUUAGCGUUGGGAUAUUACUUUUCAAAUAUUAUUUAAAUUGUUUUUGCAAUGAAACCUCUUAAUGAGAGCAAGUGCAAACUGACCUGGGAACUACUGGCUUUCAUUGAAAGUAAAAAUCACGAAAUUUAAUUGAGAUAUAAGCUCAAAUUUUUUUCUAAACGAAAACUCUCCAUGAUUUAAUUGGUGCAUUUUUUGAUACCAGCUCAUUUUUGUGGUUUAUUAGAACACUAUGAUUAUUCCAACUUGUGAGACUGAGAAGCCGGAGGCCGGCUGCCGGGCGCUGGUUGCGAGCAGUUGCGAAUGCGAGAUGUUGGGAACUCGGGAGCUAUAGGCAGAAACGGGAGAAACUUGAAAUUCCGCUUGUAUCAUAGAACAUGCCUGGCAGUGGCAAGUGCUUUGAAUCGAAGAGCCAGAGCAGAAUCUGAGUGUCGUGCGAGGUAUAGUGGAUCUUCGGCGCAGCAUGGUGUGCAUUGGAGUGUUGAUUUAUGUCAGUGCCUGCUGAAAUUCUUUGAAGAUGAGCAACAAAGACGCUCAAGAAGAAGAGUUGUGUGCCUUGAAAUCAAUCUUUGAUGAUGAAUUUGUUGUUUGUGAUUCUGCGGACAGGGUUGAGGGCAAAUACUAUGCACACGUUGAUGUACCAAGUAAAUUUAAAAUCAAAUGGCAAGAUGUGAACGAUACAAGGGAGAUAAAGGUGCAAUUUCUUCCACCAGUUGUUUUGUCUUUUGAAUUGCCUGAAGAUUAUCCUUCAGAGUCACCCCCUACUUUCAGUUUGGCCUGUGAGUGGCUGAGUAGCAAUGAAAUUGCUAAUUUGUGUGCUAGGCUAUCAGAGUUGUGGCAAGAAGACAAAGAUGUGAUUCUUUACAUUUGGGCAUCUUUCUUGAAAGAUGAGUUGUUGAAUUUUUUGAAUAUAACUGACGAGCUAGAUGUUACUGCUUUGCUUAUUCAGUCUGUGAGUGGAGGGGAUCAUUCUGGCCUGACUUCGAGCAUGUCAGUAGGACCUUCUACUGAGAAACAGAUUUCAGAUGUUGAGAAAUCAGUUUGCCUCGAAAAACCACACGAUAUCCCUGGAAACUGUAAAGAAACAUCAGUGGAGUUGAAAAGGUCUGUUGACCUUUCAAAAGCACCACUUCUUCAAACUAUUCAGGAAUACAACAAGCAGAAACUUCAGGAAGCUUUUAAUAGAGAUACCUUUACAUGCAAUGUGUGUUUCCUUCCUGUAAUUGGAUCUAAAUGCAUUCAGUUUCAACCUUGCCAGCAUGUGUUUUGCAAAUUGUGUGUAAAGGAAUACAUUGAAGUUGUUAUUAAAGAAGGAAGGGUACAAAACAUGACUUGUCCAGAAACAGAUUGCAAAUCUCCUGUUCUCCAGUCGCAUGUGAAAGAUUUAGUGAGCAGUGAACUCUUUGCUUCUUAUGACCAAUUACUGCUAACUGUUUCACUAACUUCUAUGUCAGAUGUCACCUACUGUCCAUUUGCUUCAUGUGAAACACCAGUGUUAUUUGAUCCAGAAGACAAGAUGGCUUCCUGCCCAGCUUGCCAUUAUGUAUUCUGUAUUUAUUGCAAAAUGGGGUAUCAUGGUGUGGAACCCUGUCGCAUCAAAACUAAAGAUAAAGCAAAAUUGGUUAAGGAGUACUUAUCUGCGACAGGAAGUCACAAGAGAGAUUUGGAAAAGAGAUAUGGCAAGAGGCCUUUGCAGGUUCUGGUGAACAAUGUCAUGUCACAACAGUGGAUUGAUGCCAACAGUAAACCAUGUCCAAAUUGCAAUGCAAAUAUUGAGAAAUUUGAUGGGUGUAAUAAAAUGCAAUGCUGGAGGUGCACAAGCAAUUUUUGUUGGUUGUGUACCAAAAUGAUCACAGAUGCUGAUCCUUACAACCAUUUUAAUUCUGUUAACUCAAAGUGUAAUGGUUUACUCUUUCAUGGGUUGCCAACAGAAGCUUAUGAGUUUAAUGAAGAGCAAUUUGAAGAAAACGUUGAAGUAUUUUCUGAUGAAGACAGUGAUGAUGACUACAUAUACUUUCAAGUGAUGUAACACAACUGUUAAAAUCAAGCCUCAUUCACUCACUUUCUCACUCAUUCUCAUUUUUUUUUGUUUUUUUGUAAAUAAUAUUUUUAUAUAUCUUUACUCCUGUUUUUUAAUUAUUCCAGUCAAAAAUGUACAGCGAUUCUUUUAAUUUCAUGCUACUUUCAAUAAGAAAUAUAUUCAGCUCAGAAUUGAGGCCGCAGCGAAACAAAAAAUUUAGAAGCUUUUGUAUUGAAUAAAUGUUUUUGUGCUCUCUUGCUCUUUUUUAGUCAUAUGGCAGUAAGUCUUUUUAAUGAUGUUUCUUAGAGAUAAAACUGUAUAAUUGAAGUGGGUGCUAAUGCUUUGUAUUUUGAAUUAGCUACAGGUUUUAGUUUGAUACAAAUAAUUGUGAUGUCAUUAAAGGAACUGCAUAUUGUGGCAUAUAACAUCUAAUCAUGAUGCAGGAUGCCAUUUGGAAAUGGUAAAACAAUAUUUCUGGUUGAUCUUUUUUAAAUCCUUCCCUUGAGGUAUGUUAUUUUUUUUUGUGAGCUUAAAAGUUUACUUUUGAGGUUAUUUAGAAAAAUGUAGGAUUUGACAGGAACAGUGUUCUAAGGAAUGUGCAAGACAUUUAAAUUAUCUUAAUCAAAAUGCCUUUGUUUUUUGAAGUAUCGUGUAUUCUUUUUUAGUUUAUACAUAAUAGUUUCUAUUUAUUUGUUUUGUAAAAACAGUUGAGUUGACAAGAAUACUCACUAGUUCUGGGAUUUAUGAAUUCUUGUGUUCAUUCCUUUUUUUUUGUUGCAUUUUUGCAUCCUCUGUAUUCAUUCAAAAUAAUAAAGAAGUUGUUCUCUUUAUGAUCAGGAUAAGAGGCUCUUGCCAUUAUUGCUGAAUAAUGUGUGAGAGGUGAAUAUUACUCAUACAAAAUGUAAGAAUAAUAAAGUUCUAUAUUUUGUUGUUAAAAGUGGUUCGUACUCUUUUCCUUAUGUAGAGAUUGACUUUUCUUCCCACUAGUUUCAACAGAUUUCAUGCUGUCCAUUAAUGCCUUCAAAUACUUGCAAUUCUCUGCAACUAUGUAAUACUUUGACAUGUCUUUGUUCCUUAAUGAUCAGAGUUUUUCUUUGAAGUGUGGAAAUCGUCAGAUUAAGAUGAACAUUAAUAUUAAAUUUGCAUUAAUUAUAAUUUCAUUUGGUUUUAUCCAGAGAUGUGCACAGCAUAUAGCAAGAGGAGGGACAGCUCUUUCUGGGCCUCCUUUUCCAUUGAACUUUUUAUUUACAUACGACAUAUUUUAUAAUUAAAGGAAUAAAAUGUACUGCAAAGAGAAUUAUAGCACUAAGAAUACAAUUUAUAAAAAAAGACAAUGAUUUUAUGUUAAACCACUUACACAGUUGCCAGAUGGCUUGGAAAACGUCUUCCGUAAUUGUCGUGUAACAAUUUGCAAAAUUGUCAGGUUAAGAAAGAAAGGAGAAAAUUGGCGAUUGCACAUACAGAAGGAAAUAAAAUGUUCAAUUACAUAAGGAAAUAGGGCUACUUUCAAAAUGUUCAGGGGGAGCAUAUCCAUACUAGCCCAUUGUGCACACUUAUGAUAUUUUUGAUUUUUCCCUUUGCAGUUUCUGCAUGUAGUUCGAUAUAUUUUUUUGUAGUUUCCACUUCUAAUUUGCUUAUGUCGGGAGUCCAAGUUUAAAUGAAGUUGUUAUUCUUCAAGAAAAAAAUACGAUCACGCAUUUGUGAUGGGCAGGAAGAGGGAGUUGUGGGAAAUCUAAAAAUGUUGACCUUUUUUUUUUUGUUUCUAGUUUUAUUUAAAUAUUGAAGGUAUUCUUUACAUUUUGAUAUUGAUAAUGGGGUAAUUUUUGAAACAACACACUUUUGAAUAUUGUUAUUUAAAUGUCUGCAUCUGUUAAAAUGGCUGCUGUGUUUGACAGUCUUCUCAAGUCUAGCCUAACUUUGAAACUAAUUCAUCUAGAAGCUGUGAUUCUGUUCAUAUUUGUCAAAAAGUUUCAUUUCAUAGAAACUUGCAUGUGCUGGUAAAUGCUGGAUUUUAAUGUAUGCAUGGUUUUACACACUUUGAUGAAUAGUUUGUUGUGUAUCUUGGUCGGUAUUGUAAAUUUGUAUAAAUUUAAAGCUUGUUUGGGAAAAACUGAAUUUUUUUUGGUGAAAAAGAUUUUGUAAAUUUCUACUCAAUCAUUCUGAAAUGAACACAGUAAUAUUGCAAUACGAACAGAAAAAGUACUGUUUUGGGGAUAUAUUUGUUAUUCAAUAGUUAUUAACACAGUUAUUAUAAAUCUGCUACAAUGUACACAAAAGAUACUGGUUUUUUACUUUAAGUACUUUUUUUACAUUAUUUCUAACUUUUGGGAACUUUGAAAAAUGGAGAACUGUGCUAAUUUUUUAAGUGUUCAUUUCUCUAUCCAAGGGAGAAAAAAGUUAUUUCAUUGUUACACUUUUUUUAAUGUCCCAUUAUGUUUUUCAGUUGACCUCUAAAGAUUAAGGCAAACUUAUUUACUAAUUGUUUUGUGUCAUCUUCUCAAAAUGCAUUCAUUAUUUUUGUCUAUUUUCUUCCAUUUUUCUGUCCAGAAUGUAAUUUACUUGUGUUACUUCUGUACCUAACUUGCUAUAUCACGAAAAGAUAAUAAUUUCUCUAAAUUUAAGUAAAAUCUUGUAAUGUUCAAUCCGAUAUUUUUGUUAUUAAUUUUAAUACAUUCUUAACUUGAAAUUAGUAAGUUUAAUCAUACAUGCGGUGAGAGCAUAUUAUUUUCUAUCAACUCCUUCCUCCCUUGCUUUCACGCCUGUCUUCUAUGUGAAAAACUCAUCCAAAUUAUGUAAAUAUUUCCCAUUGAAUGACCUUUUUAUCAUGCACUAUUGUAAUAAACAUUUUUUGAAACUAGUCCAGAAAUAAUGUAGUUAGAAAUAAUGUAAAAAAGCAGGCUAAAUGGUCCGAGCCCCGCUAUCAAUAAAGUCAUUCAUUUAUUGAUUUAUUUACUUGUAGCCUAGUUUUUUUAAAUGUUAUUUGCAUUAUUUUCAAAACUGCUUGUAUAAUAUUGCUUUUUAGCUCUAUUUUAUUAGAGUAUUCAUUACAGUUACAGUCCUUAAUUUUCUUACAGUUAGUUCUAUAUUUAUGGUUGUGUUCAUUAGAAUUCCAUUGUCUAAAUAAUCUGCCUUUUUUGAAUGAACAUGUGCAAUACGUCUGUGAAUUGUGAAUUGUUCUUUCUGUUUUUUCAAUUUAUUUGUGUCCCUCUAUUCUCAAUUUCUGUAUUUUUGUACAUGGAAGAGAACAUUUUCAUAAUAUUGUUGUAUUUAUAAUAUUAGGUUUUAUCUUGGUAUAGUUAUUCCAGUUGUUUUCUAUUUGUUUUUAAAUUUUAUCUUCAUUUUGUAAGUAGAAGACCAUGUUUCGUAUGUAGAAGAUCAUGUUUUCAUAUGUAGAAGAGCAUGUUUUUAUAAUAUUGUUUACAAAGAUAUUGGGAUCUAUAUUAACACAAUUUUUCCAUCACAGUUUUUUGUUUCUUUUUUUAAAGUAUUUUUAUUGUUAAAUUUUACUAUAUUUUCAUUUCUUUUUUUUAAAUAUUUUGAGAUUUAAUGGUUAAAUCACAACAACUGAUUAGGGAUCUGAUAAUUUAUGUUGGCAUCUCGUGAACUAAUAUCAUUAUUACACUUACGAAUUGUGGUCUAAAAGCGUGCUGCUUACCUUAUUGCCUCAAUUUCUUGUUUUGCACUUUCGAUUACACUUUCUAAGGCAUUGCAGUACAAUACUGCGUCGUAUUCUUUCACUGCUUGGCUUUCUUCUUCCAGUAGGUUUAUAUUUAUAUCUCCCAUGUACACAGUGUUAUGAUAUCCUUUUCCCUCUCAAGACAUGUAGAUCUUUUAUAAAUUCAAUUGGAUUUAAAUCUGGUGCUGUAUGUACAAAAGUUAAAGAAUUAAAGUUAUUAUUUCUUUUUGAACACUU